UAGCGCGCACCACCACUAACUAGCUAGCCAUUUCACAUCCGUUACAUAAGGUCAAAGGUAUUAGUGCUCCCCGUUUGAGGGUUUUCUUACAAGACUUGUCUUCAUAAUUAGUGUUAAAAUCUCCCAUUAAGAUGACCUCUUUCCCAAAAUCACAUUCCCUAAGCAUGUUAUUAAACUGAUCAAAAAGCACACUUUUGGUGGACGGUGGCCUGUACAUUCCGAUAAGGGUAAAAGACAUUUGGGGAGACAGUGUAAAGUUCAGGCCAAUACAUUCUAGUUCAUUAUCACAUGACCAAUCAAUUUGUUUACAUCAGAUAUGUUAUUUAAUGUAAAUCAUCACACCCCCUCUUCUUCAUUCAGUCCUGUCUCUCCUGAAAACAUUGUAGCCAGGCACAAUCAAAGCAGCAGAUGGAGAGGCAGAGGAAGUGAAGGUUGGAGCCUGUGAGAAGAUGUUGAAUUGUAUCACUUUUUGGAAUGGCACUGCAAAUGUUCAAGUGCCCCCCUAGUAGUCUCUUGGGUUUAGCUCGCGGGUCCCAGAUUACUCGAGAGUUAUUGACGUAUUGAAAAAAGUUACAUUUUCUGUGUUUAGGCCGUUUUGAUUAGGGGCAGUUCAGUAGUGCAAUUACCUAUCCCUUCCGCUUGCACUGGAUGCGGGGAACUAAGUAAAAACAUGCGUGGGUAUCGCGUAUAGGUAUAGCGACUUGGAUAUGUUUGGAGUGCUAAAUGUAAUCUUGGACCCGGAUGACUCGAGAGAAAUCAUGGGACCAUAGCGCUCACCCACUUCCGCGGUGAUUAGAGGAAGCGGCCAUCCACUGCUUUCAACUCCGAGAUGGGUUCUUGGACUCUGUCCAGAAGAGGUUGCAGUGUAGAAGACUGCGAGAGAAACUAGUGACCAUGACAACUAUGAAAAAAGUGGACAUUGGCCUGUUCUCUCAGGAGGUGAGAGGGCUAAUGAACUGUCCCUGGAGACUCAACCUCACCCACAGAGAACUACACAGGACAGAGUUGUGGUCAUGCUGUAACGCUUCUGAAAGGCUGAUGGUGACCAGACAGAACACCAAUCAGAACCAGAGUCUGACUUAUGAUGCAGAGAAGUGGAGGAAGAGAAAGGUGGACCAAGCACUAUGGGACAUGCUGCCUCAGACCGUACCCUGGAGUAAAGGUUCGUUGAGUCGUUGUGCCGUGGUGGGAAGUGGAGGAAUCCUGCAGAACAGCAGCUGUGGAGCAGAAAUAGACAAUGCUGACUAUGUCAUCAGGUUUAACCUGGCUCCUAUCAACAAGAGUUAUGACGUGGGAGUGAAGACAGACCUCAUAACGGCCAACCCUUCCCAGAUCAAUAAAAGAUACCCUGACCUCCAGCGGAACCCUGGACCUCUGGUGGAAGUCAUGUCAGCCUAUGGCCACACCCAUCUGCUUCUCCACGCCUUCUCUUUUGGUUUUGGGACCUCCCCCUGCUUCAAGGUGUACCACGCCCUCCGUAAGGCCUGCACCCAACAGAAAGUGGUGUUCUUUCACCCAGACUACCUGCUUAAGCUGGACAAGUUCUGGCGUCACCGCGGGCAACGAGCCCCACGGCUCUCUACUGGUAUGAUGCUGGCCAGCACUGCUCUGGAGAUCUGUGAACAGGUUCAUCUGUAUGGCUUCUGGCCCUUCCCUCUGGAUCUAUCCAAAAAUACUUUGCCACAUCAUUACUAUGACAACGUUGGUCCAAGUCACUUCAUGCACGCCAUGCCUGAAGAGUUCCUGCUGCUACUACAACUCCACAGCCAGGGGGCACUACAGCUACAUGUUGGACCCUGUACACCCUAACAAGCAGAUGGUCAGGGGGCCAGAACAUAAUUAUAAUAAUUUGCACAGUGCAAAUUGACCACAACUAAGCCCAAAAAUAGGUUAUAUUUGAAAAUAACAAUCAUUCCAACAAUCAUAACGUGUCUCUUUUUUAAGCACCAAAACAUCUCACUGUUGCCUGUUGCCGACCCCUGCCCUACACCCUAACCCCUUCAACUAUAACCUACAUUUUUCUAUUUAUUUGUUUUAUUUAGCCUUAUUUUAAUGGUGAGUUGACUGAGAAUACAUUCUCAUUUACAGCAACGACCUGUAACCUCUACACCACUACAACUCCAAAGCCAGGGGGCACUACAGCUACAUGUUGGACCCUGUACACAGGCAUAAGCGACACAAGUGGCUGCCAGGGGGCCCCCGAAACAACAGUAAUAACUGUCGGGGUCUCAACUUACAGUUGAGAGUUAGAAUAGUACAUGUUUUUGUUAGGGCUCUAUUCAAUCCAUAUCCCAGAAAUUCAGCAUUACAGCGUGAUUGAAAUUUAAAUGCAAUGUUCCCACAUUAGCAGAGAUUGCAUUUACGGUAAACACUGCAGAUGUUGGCUCAAUAGGAAAUUAGCAAUACAGAUUCAAUAGAGACCUUAGUCUUGCCAGUUAUCUAAACUGGUAGUCAUCAUGGCCUAAUACCGAUCGGGCACGUGCCCUAGGGCCCUGACCUCCAAAGGGCCCCCAUUGACCUUGUUUGUCACUCCAAUAUCAUUAACAUGAAAGUCAUUGCAAAAAAUAGUAUUGCAGGAAAUGUGCUUUAAAACUGCAAAAAAUGUUCUCUACCCUAAGGCAAAAUGGGUAAAAUUCCAGGACAUUAGCUUUAAAACGGCAAGAAUUUAGCUCUGCCCCAUGGCACAUUUUGUAGAAUUGCAUGAAAUGUGUUUUAAAAUUCAAAAGUUUUAUCUCCGCCCCAUGACAGAAUGUGUAGAACUACAAAAAACCUGCAGGGGGCCCCGCAACCAAAUCUUGCUUAGGGCUGGCCCUGCCUGUACACCCUAACCCCUUCACCAUAACUCCUACACUCUAACCCCUGUUAAUACAACUCCACAGCCAGGGGGUGAUACAGCUACAUACAGCUAUGUUGGACUGUCUGUAACAUACAUCCUAAAGAGUUAUUUAUACAUUGUUAUUAGUAUGCUGUGGUUUUAUAUUUUAUGGAAAACAUUCAAAUGUUAUACUACUUUUUGGAUUUCCUUCCUGUAUGGUUUUAAUUAAUUUAUCAAAUUAUUUAUACACUCCCUUGUGUGUGUCACUACAGACCCUGGUUCGAUUCCAGGCUAUAUUGUGAUUGGGAGUCCCAUAGGCCUGUGCACAAUUGGCCCAGCAUCGUUAGGUUUUGGCCGGGAUAGGCCGUCAUUGUAAAUAAGAAUUUGUUCUUAACUGACUUGCCUAGUUAAACAAAGGUUAAAUAAAAUAAUGAGUGCAUCCAUUGGUAUGUAUGUGCAUAUAUACAGACACACACA